AUGGCGCCUACUUACUUAAUCGUUGGUGCGACUGGCAACACCGGCCAAAGUGUUGUGGAAACCUUGUCCAAGCUUUCAACAUGCGCUGUCAUCGCCUUGACACGAUCGCUGCACAGUCCGGUCGCAAAACAUCUCGCGACUCUCCCAAAUGUCCAAGUCCUCGAAAAGAACUGGAUGGACAUCACGGCACAGUGGCUACGUGAGCACGAGAUAGAAAGGGCCUUUGUCGCAACUCCUAGCCAGCCAAGUCAGUUUGCCGAAGAAACCACAUUCCACGUUGCCGCUCUCAAAGCCGGCGUCAAAUACGUAGUGCGCAUUUCAACAACAGCAGCCAACGUCAGACCUGACUGCGAAGCCUAUUAUCCGCGCAUCCAUUGGGCAAUCGAGGCUUUGCUCAGUACACCAGAGUUUAAGCCGCUGCAAUGGACGUCUCUCCAGGCCAACAACUUCUCCAGUUUCUGGUUAGCUACCGCAGCCGAGUUCAUCAAGCAAUAUCGCAAGACCGGUAAACAAGACAAACUUCGGUUGGUGGCAUCAGAGGAUGCACCUGUUGGGACUGUCGACGCCAACGACGUGGGAGUUUUGGCGGCGCAUCUGUUAUUGCAAGAGGACGUCUCACCACAUAACAACGCCAAAUAUGUUGUUAAUGGACCUGAGGACAUUACGGGAAGACAGAUCGUUGAGUUGGUUGAGAGGUACAUCGGCACCAGCGUGGACAACGUUAUGUUCAAGGAUAUGUCGUUUCUUGAUUAUAUGAUUGGUGUGACUCAAGGGUCCCAAAGUGUUUUGAUGUCUAUGAAGCAUGGCCCAGAGACAGCGUGGAAUGGGGAGUGCACAGCGUCUGCCACAAGUGAGGCAGUCUUGAAGCUAGCUGCGCCUACUCGGACACCAGCCGACACUUUGAAGGCAAUGCUGCAGGAAUGA